GAGCCCAGGACGGGUAUAACACGAGGCAGCGCGCUGGGAAGGGACUGAGCAGAGACGGGAGAGACCCGAGCGGUGGCCGGAGGGGAGGGCGCUGCCCGCCCGGAGUCACGCCGCUCGCAGCGCACCGCCGGCCACGGCGGACCUGGGAGGGAAGGUAAGGCCACGAUGAACAUUGAAGUCCACAACAUCACUUACACCACUGCCACAGUCUCCUGGGCCACAAACAACCCCUGUCCGGAGAACUUCUACCACAUCAUGUACCGACCCAAUUGGAACAGCAUCUUCACUGGGUAUUUACGCCAGAACUUCCACCGUGAGGAGCGAGUUCCCCACUCCCUCAGCUCCCUUGUCCUCCACAGACUCACACCAUCCACUGUCUACAUCCUCUGCAUCACGUGCAAGAACUCUUACCCCUCCAGCAAUCACUGCAUCACCUUCCAUACUCCAGACAAAACCCCCCUGGGUUUUGGUGGCUCUAAGCAUGAACCUACCACCUCCAUGUGGAUGGUGAGCAGCCUGUUGCUUCUUUGCUUUCUAGCUAUCUUGGUCUAUGGUUGCCUGCAGUUCUGGUCUGCACAGUGCCACAGGGCUUCGAGGCUGAAGCAGUACGAUGCCAAUUCAGAAGGAGACGUGGGUGAACAGAGAAGCUCACUGGAGGGGCCUCCGAAGGGUGGACUGAAAGAGGAGCUUCUGGAAGUCCCCAUGACAACUGUUCUAGUGAGGAGUUCCAGCUUCAUGAAGGAGAGUCCAUAUAGUUCCCCUCACUGCUUUUUUCCCUAUAAAAACAGUGAUGAUAAAAGGGCCAUCUUGCCGCAGCAUGGCCUUCAGUGA